GCUCCAGGAGGCGGCCGGGCCCCCCCGCCGUGCGCCCGCAGGAGCGGCACGGCGCGCAGGCGGGGCGGGCCCAAUGUCGUCGGCGUCGUCCGCCGGGGGCUCCUGCGGCGCCUGCCGGCUUGGCUGCGGCAGGCCCGUCGCGCCGGGGCUGACGAGGUCCGGGAAGCAGUUCGACACCUGCUGCCGUCCCUGCGCCAAGGGCCAGGGGCACGACGCCGCCUGCGACUUCAGGGUGAAUGUCAAGGGCGACUGGGAGAUCAAGCUGGCGGGCGAGUGGAAGCUGGUGGGCAUCGCCGAGCGGAGCUUCAUGGAGGGCCUCGAGCGCAGGGGCGAGUCCAGCGGCACCGUUCAGCUUCGGGGUCAGGAUUACGAGUUCGACCUCGCAACGAUGUCGCAGAAGAACGUGUCCACAGGGAAGAGGCGACCGCUCCGUCGCGUCUUCAAGCCCACCGUAGAGUGCGACGAGUCGGUCAAGCGCGCCGACGAGUCCUUCCUCUCCAACUCGCCCCCGGAGCCCUUGGAGGUGACGAUGAACGUGUACGAUGUGAGCACGGACUUCAAGGUCCAGACGGUGAACGGGAUCCUUUGCAUGCUGGGCUCCGGAGCGUACCACGUGGCGAUAGAAGUGUUCGGGCUCGAGUGGUCCUUCGGCUACUGCGAGGAGGGCACGGGCGUGUUCCGCUCCGCGCCCCGCGCGUGCCAACCCACCACUACCGGAGCUCGCAGGUCCUGGGCGCGGUGCAGAAGACCCGGCACGACGUGGAAGAGUUGCUGCGGGUGAUGUCGGCGGAGUGGAGGGGCAACGACUAUGACCUCCUGCGCAGGAACUGCUGCCACUUCUCGGACGCGUUCUCGCAGAGGCUGGGCUCGGGGCCCCUCCCCUCGUGGGUGCUCAGCGCCGCGAAGCUGGGCGCCGGGCUCGACGACAGGUACGGGAAGCUGCAGGAGGUGGUGGCCAAGGGCACGGAGGCUCGCGGGGCCGACCCGCUCAUGGACACCUACAGAUACAGCGACGUGGUGCGCGGUCUGGUCGCCGCAGGCCGCGAAGACCGCGGCGGCACCGAGACCCCCGAGGACAGCAGCGGCAUGUGCAUCGGGGACCUGAGAGACCUUAUGCGCGGGCUGAUGGGCGUCGUCAGGGGGAGGUAGAUCUGGCUCGGGCGGCGUGCCGCCUGGGAACGCCGAACCCCGCGAGGCAUCGGCAUCGGCGCCCCUGCUCGCACAGCCUGGCGAGAGCUGGGCGGAUCGGUGCGGCCCCUGCGUACGCCAGCAGGGGUGCGGCCGGUGGUGAGCGAGCCUAAAAAGCGGAGCAGCCAACACAACAAACCAGUGGGCUUUACUCGCACCAGCCUCGGCACAGUGCGGUGCCGGACCUGCUUGACAUCCGUGGGCUCCCGUGCCAGGUGCCACCCGUGCUCUGGGCGCGUGACGUCGCGCUCGCGGCAGGCGCCCUGUUCUUUUUCGCCGCCCGUGCCUUCCCGCUGCGGCCGGCGGGGAGGCAGCUCGCACAGGCCGCGGGCGGCUGCCUGGCGAGGUGCGCGGCAGACGAACUGAUGUUUCUCACCCGUCCCCGCCGUUGCGACUCUCGGGGAGGCAGCUCGCACAGACCGGCGGGCCGCGUCGUGGCAAAGGCGCUUCGCAUGGCCGCGGUCGGCCCCGGAGAACACGGACAAAGAAACGAUGCCCAGGCGAGUUGCCCUGAUCAGCAAGGGCUCCCUCGAGGGCGCGAAGUUAUUCGCGCUUCGCGGUCCUCGUUUCUCCUCCCCCUCCUCCUCGUCCUCCUAUUCUCCCUUUGGGGGGGCGGCGCGAG